AAUUUGAAUUUAAGCAGAAGAAGAUCAUGGAGCUACUUGUGCUAUUUGUGGCAUUGCUGAUAUGUGGUCAGGUAGAUGCAUUGCCAUACAUCGACUCCGUUAGCUCUGAGUCCAGUGAAGAGAUCCAGUAUGGUCGUACUGGUGGAAAGCCCAAAGCGCCUUUGUUGCCUUUGCCCCAAAUUGACUCCGUUUCCUCUGCAUCGAGUGAAGAGAUUCUGAAUAAUCCUUCUGCUGGAAGGCCACCACCACCUUUGCUUUUGCCACAACUUGACUCUGUUUCCUCUGCAUCGAGUGAAGAGAUUUUGAAUAAUCCUUCUGCAAGAAAGCCACUACCACCGUUGGCUUUGCCCCAAAUUGACUCCGUUUCCUCUGCAUCGAGUGAAGAGAUUCUGAAUAAUCCAUCUGUAGGAAAGCCACCACCGUCGUUGCCUUUGCCACAAAUUGACUCCGUUUCCUCUGCAUCGAGUGAAGAGAUUCUGAAUAAUCCAUCUGUAGGAAAGCCACCACCGUCGUUGCCUUUGCCACAAAUUGACUCCGUUUCCUCUGCAUCGAGUGAAGAGAUUCUAUAUAUUCCUACUGGUGGAAAGCAACAGCUGACAUUAACGGGCGUAGGUGUAGUCACACUACCUAUUCUACAGACUGUUAAAGUGACAGAGCCACCUAAGUCGAAUGGAAUUGAAAAUAAUCUUUUACUCACUCCAGUUUUAGCGGCGCAAGACGUAAAGGAACAAAACUUAGGUGACCUUGAUGGAAAAGCUGACGACAAAAAUACACAAGAAACCAAGGCAGGAAAGCGCUGGCCAGUAUUGAAGCUUAAUGGUGAAUCGUCCAACAAUAUUGAUGAGAAUGAGAUCUAAAAAUGGUGAAGGUGGCAGGUGUUAGUUAACAGAUGAGAGAAAUUAAUAAUUUAAAUUUGGGCUAAUUAUUUGUGAAAUUACAAAAAAAAGUUUUAAAUUAGGUGGAGAAAAGUGGCAGAAGAACUGAUUUUCUUAUUCCAUUCGUGUACAAUAAUGAAUUAUAAUGUUUGCUUA